AUGUGUAUAUUCUAUCGAUUUUCAUUUUUAGAAAAUGGUAGCGGUGGUAAGGUGGGGGUGGGGCAGCGGCGGGUGGCAGUGGUGGUGUCGAUGAUGGCAACGUUGGUGGUGGUGGUGGCGGUGAUGACAAGCGGUAGUGGUGGUGGCAGCGGUUAUACUGGUGAUGGGGUGGUGGUGGUGGUGAUGGUGAUGGUAGAGGAACCAAUUUGUGAAGAUAUUGAUGGACAACAAAGUGUAAGAAUCGAUGAAUUUAAAGCAUUUAUAGAUGAUUAUUCAACUUAUGCUGACUUUGAUGUUGAGUACAGUGUACGAAAUGGUGAAGACAAUCAAGUAGAAAUUGAAAUUCUAAAGGGCAUGGUAAGUGAUGAUAGUGGAGAUGCUUUUUAUAGUCAGAAUGGAGAUGGUUCUGAUUAUAGUGGAGAUGAUUCUGAUGAUAGUGACUACAUUGUACAUAAGUCUAACUUGCAAUUUGAUAUGGAUGUAGACAUGAGUGAAUUCCAAAGUGUCGUGGAUGUAGAUGAACAUUGA